CCCCUCCCACAUUAGCGGCACGGAUUUCGUGAUAGAAGACCAGACUCGAACAUCAUGUCGGCACCAAGGACUCGGAGAAGAGCUGCCCAGGAAAAGCUCGAGCAGGUCUCUGAUGACGACCACUCGCCGGCCGUCGUGGACGGCAACGGCUCGGCCCACGAUGCGCCGGAAGCCUCGGAUUCUGAUUCUGACGGCGACGAGAACAUCUUUCUGUUCUGGCCCAACAUCAUAGGCUACUGCCGAAUCGUCCUUGCUAUUGCGUCCCUCUACUACAUGCCCCUGCACCCUCGCACCUGUUCGUUACUCUACAGCGUUUCGUGCUUGCUCGACGCUCUCGACGGAUAUGCUGCCCGAGCCUUCAACCAGUCGACUCGCUUUGGCGCUGUCCUGGACAUGGUCACGGAUCGCUGCACCACCUCGUGCUUGCUGGUCUUCUUGUCCUCGGCCUUCCCGCGAUGGGCCAUCAUCUUCCAGAGCUUGAUUGCGCUCGACUUCUCCAGCCAUUACAUGCACAUGUACGCCACCUUGGUUGUUGGCGGGUCCGACUCUAGCCACAAGAAUAUCGAUAAGAGCCAGAGCUGGCUUCUGAACCUGUACUAUACCAACAAGACCGUCCUGUUCGUAUUCUGCCUCUUCAACGAAGUCUUCUUCAUUGCGCUCUAUCUCCUGUCCUUCUCCUCGCCGCUCCUUUCGCCCCACCUCAUCAAAAGCGUGGAGGAGACCAGCGGUGGUCUGAUCCAGCCAGGCGUGCCCGUCAACACAUCCCUGCUCCGACAACUGUUCCCCGAUCCCUUCAGCGCCGCUGCCCUCGAGAUUGCCCGAGCCAACAAGAUGGAUUCCACCCUCCCUUGGGUCAUCACCGGUAUCAGCUUUCCCAUCAUGCUGGCCAAGCAGAUCAUCAACGUGGUGCAGCUGGUCAAGGCAAGCAGGUGGCUUGCUGAAGUUGACAUCAAAUCACGGAAAGCCAAGGGCCUGGGCAAGAAGGCGAGAACGGCCUAAUCGAGUCGAAUUGAAGAAUAACCAGUCAAACGUCGCCGCGAUAACGACACACAGUGGCAAAUUGUUCAAAGAUUGAAAGGCACAAUUGUUGCUUUACAAAAUGAUUUGAUUUGGCGACUGUUGACCAUUUAGGACUUGGAUUGGGCGGAGCAAUCUAAUGCAGUCCUUUUGUAUCGCAACAUGGGUGUUGUUUUUGGUGAAAAUUUACGCGCUGCUAGCCUUCGUGAUGCCUCUCUUUCAUCUUUCACGGCAAGCAGCUGUUAAUAUUGCAUGGCUUGGCGCAAACGGGGCUUGACAAAUAGGGGUGGCGGUCGUGACACUUGUCUCAUUCCACAUCGUACCUAUGAACGGAUGGGCUGGAGGGAAUAAAAAUACGUUGAAAACAUAAAAUUUGGAGAAAUAUUGGGAACAAAGAGCUAUGCAAUCUUUUCCUCUUCAGCCUGGCCUUGCAGCCUUGCGGGAUGCUGUUGUUCAUCUAUAUUCUGGUUUGUUUGUUGGCAGAACAUGAUCAAGUCUUGGUUUGCCUUCUUUUCUGUCUUUCUUUUCUUAUUUUCCCCUGUUUUACUGCUGUACAUACAUACCUUUAUUGUUCUUUCAUUAUGAUUUCUUAAUAUUAGUAGAUUAGUGGUAUAAAACCGAUGCGUUGAAUACAAACGAGGCCGUUGAGUCACAUGAAAAUUUACAGAUUGUUCAAGACAACUUGGCAAAAGAUUUGCUUAAUUUCGGGGGUAUCUGAACAAGUUUGUUUGUUUAAUUUAGUUAUUCAAAAAUUAAUAUAUGACGGGAUAUUAUAGACUUCAUGUUUCCCUUUUGUGUAUACAUAUCAAUCUUUUCACCUUCUUGACGAAGAACCCUCGCCGAUAGCGUUAUGGCUCGACAGCACUUCGUCUUUGAAUGCACCGCCAGCGACCCCGCUGGCUGUUUGAGCAGCGUCAGACUUUUCGAUAAUGUGUGAGACCUCGAGUGGUACAAUCUCCAUGGGCGUGGAGAGGCCGUACCAGGCGACGACGAUGACACCAAGGAUGCCGGUGAUGCAGCUGAAUACGAGGGCGACGAUGCCGCGGGGAGUG